UCCUUCCUAAAAUGCAGUCUUCUUUUUCGCAGCGACAUCUCCUCAUCUCCGGCAAAUAAAAGCUUUCAGUCCAACCAAAAGCCGCCGGCGACAUCUCAUCAGCAAACAAAUCCCUCCUUCUUCGCAGGCGGCAUCUCCAACUCCGACAAAGACCCAAUUUCGGAGUCAGCUUUUUGUUUGUGAGCUGUGCCCGCCAUUGUGGAUGCGUUUGCUUAUGCAGCCUCAGAAGCUUGUUUGACGGCAUAAGCACAAUCUGAUUCCCGUUCCUACAAUAGCAUUUCCAACAAGGGUGAAGAUUCCUCAAGUAUUUCCAGAGUGAUGAUGAGCAUGGCAAGCCAGAAGCUUGAGGGUAAGAGAAUCUUGAGCGAGUCAAGAAGAAAUCCUGUCAAGUCCAUCAAGAGCCCUGAUGGUGAUAUAAUUGAUUGUAUCCAUAUCGCUCACCAACCAGCAUUUGACCACCUUUUGCUCAAAAAUCAUACCAUUCAGAUGGCGCCGAAUUAUCACCCAGAAAUACUACUUGAUAAGAGUAAAAUGUCCAACUUCGAACUCCAAAGGAAGCAUCAUACAAGACCUAUUGCUCAGCUAUGGCAGUUGAAUGGAAAGUGCCCCAAGGGAACCAUUCCUAUUAGAAGAACCAAGAAAGGUGACUUCUUAAGAGCUCGUUCUAUCCUGAGACUUCCGACUGGGAGGCUACCUAGGUUCAGGUUUCCAUGGCGACCUCGGACGGCACCUGUCAAAAAUUCAGCUACUUAUGAGUAUGCAUAUGCAUUUGUUCAAAGUAAAGAGUAUCUUGGAACGAAGGCAACUAUAAAUCUAUGGCAACCCCAAAUUGAUGAUGAAGACCAAGGUGGAUCUAGCUUGUCCGGAGUUGGGGUUGUAGGAGGUCCUUCAACCAGAGAACUGAACUCCAUUGAGGCCGGAUGGAUUGUCAACCCAGAACGGUUUGGAGAUAAUAGAACAAGACUUUACACCUACUGGACUAGUGACGGUUACCGGUCCACCGGGUGUUACAACUUGUUCUGCUCGGGUUUUGUCCAAACCAGCAAUGAAAUUGCACUAGGGGCAAGCUUAUCCCCGACCUCAGUCUACAAUGGUUCGCAAUACAAUAUCAGCAUCUUUAUUUGGAAGGAUCCAAACCAGACACUGUGGUGGCUGCAGUAUCAGAACAAGACAAUUGGUUACUGGCCUACCUCUUUGUUCAAAUACCUUGUACACAAUGCGUCAGCCAUCAUUUGGGGUGGAGUCGUAAGCAAUGGAAAAGGAGAUGGUCUAAACAGUACAACCCAGAUGGGCAGUGGCCAUUUUCCAGAAGAAGGGUAUCAAAGGGCAAGUUACUUCAGGAAUCUUCAAAUACUCAAUGGCUCAAACACCUUAGUAACUCCUGAUGAUAUGAUUACAACCGUCGCCAAUCAGCCAAAUUGCUAUGGCAUAUUAUUGGGAAAUAAUACUGACUGGGGAGACUACUUUUACUACGGUGGACCAGGGAAAAAUCCUAAAUGUCCAUGAUCAAACAAAAUGCUAGUAUUGCAAAAUAUUACCUACACGUGAAAUAUAUAGUCGUGCAUUUGUAAAUAUAAACCUGCAGAUAGAUACAUAUGACGUAUUAGAUUGCUUGAUGUUUCGUUUUGAAGGUGAUUUGAGUGUCUGUAUUCCGCUUGUACAAAUAACUAGCAACUCUAAAAAAGUAUAUUCAGCUGCUGAAACUCCUUAUUGA